GGACCUCCGCCUAAUAUGAUGGGACAACCCCCUCCGUUUGCCGGACCUCCGGGAAUGCCUCCACCAAAUAUGCCUGCUCCAGAGUUAUGGGUGGAAACAAAGUCGGAGGAAGGCAAGUUGUACUACUACCACUCGAGGACGCGAGACACGACGUGGACGAGGCCGAUGGAGAGUCCCACUUGUAAAGUUAUCACUCAAGCGGAGAUGGAGGCAAUGUCUUCCGCAGUGCCGCAGAUGCCGCCCGGUAUGAAUGGACCUCAGGGUAUGAUGGGUGGUCCAAUGGGUGGACCGAUGG